AUGGCAGACAACGUUGGCAUCCCGUGCCCAAACGGAGCUUCCCUCCACGACAUCAUCAUCGUGGGUGCCGGCCCAUGCGGUCUUGCCGUUGCAGCGCGUCUGCGCGAGCAGAGUCCGGCUGCCAUAUUCACGGAUGAGGAGCACCGGCGCUUCCACUGGAUCCGGCGACAUGGGAAGCAGAUGGCGCUUAAGCAUGUCAAGAACGGGCGGGUGUCGUUUGCAUCCGAUUCUACACAGCACGAAUACAACAUGGUUGUGCUAGAUGCUGACCACGACAACUGGAUGGGCCGAUGGAAUCAUCUUUUCAGCGCUUUCGACAUCAAGCAUCUCCGCAGUCCCAUGUUCUGGCACGUCGACCCCCAUGAUCGCGAUAGCCUGCUGUCCAAGGCUUACGAGCAAGGGCGAGAGAACGAGCUGAUGGAGAUAAGGGGAUGCGUGGGCAAGGAAGUGAGCAAACACAUGAAGAAGAAGCGAAGUAAAUACAUAGGUGGCAAGGGAGAUUCCCGCGUUCCCAUCAACGAGCGAGACCGAAACGAUUAUUUCAACCCACCCCAAACGCUGUUCUGCGACCACUGUAGUGAAGUAGUUGGCCGUUAUGGGCUACAAGCGGAGGGCCUGGUCCGAAAGGAGCGGGUGCUUGACAUCUCCUUUGGCGUCGUCCCAGGGAUUUCGUCCGCCGGCGAGAAACUCUUCACUCUGCAAACCGACAAAGGCAUCCGGUAUUCUCAAGUCGUGGUUCUCGCCGUUGGUCCCGGCAACCAACCCUGCAUUCCCCACGUCCCUGGUGACUUGAAGCUCGACACGCAGCAGACAAUCCCCCAAGCCUGCCACGCCAUGCGCAUCCGCCAGUUCCCAGACGAGAUCGUCAAGCGCCGGAUCGCCGCCGGGCGAAAAACCAACGUCCUGAUUGUCGGCGGGGGCCUGACAUCGGCGCAGCUCGCCGACCUGGCUAUCCGGAAAGGCGUCGGCAGAGUCUGGCUUGUCAUGCGGGGCCCGCUGCGUGUCAAACCGUUUGAUGUGGACCUGGUAUGGAUGGGCAAGUUCCGGAAUGUCGAACAGUCCCGCUUCUGGCAGGCCGACUCGGACGAGGAACGUCUCGCCCUGCUGAAGCAGGCGAGAGGAGGUGGGAGUAUCACGCCGCAUUACAGCCGCAUUCUCAAGCAACACGUUGCGUCUGGCAAGCUAAGGCUGCUGGAGCAUACCACUCUGGCCGAUGCGAGGUUUGAGGCGGGGGAUGAGGGCGGCCGGACUGGCGGUCAAGGCGUGUGGCGCGUCAAGACAGAGCCCGAGGUGGAGUGUCUACCCGCGAUGGACUAUAUCUACUUCGCGACUGGAGUCGAGACGAACUUUAGGACACUGCCCUACCUGCAGAGCAUGCUGAAGAGUCAUCCAAUCGAUGGCUAUGGAGGUUUUCCGUGCUUGAAUGACGAGCUGAUGUGGACCGACGAGGUCCCGCUGUUUGUGGCGGGUAGAUUGGCAGCUUUGAGGCUGGGUCCAUCAGCUCCUAACCUCGGGGGUGCCAGACUGGCCGCCGAGAGAAUCGCAUGGGGAAUCGAAGAGGUCAUGCGCAAGGCAGGCGGACUUGACCAAGGCGGUGGGCGACGCGAUAGGGCAGAGAAGGAGCUGUUGGGCUAUGUUACCGGGUCGGGCGGCAUGUUUGCAAGUCUUUCGGAAGUUUCAUCAUGA